CCCGGAAGUAGAUACCCGUCACGGCAGACGGAGACAUACUCUCCAUAUUUGUGUUGACGUUGUGUCCAUAUCGAGACUUUAAUCAAUUGUCAGGAGAUGUAUAUUACAUAAAUGAUUUCGUCCAUCCGUUGGGGAAUCUUGUUGGCAGCGUUUUGCUUGGCUAGUGGCGUCUCAGGAGGGACAACAUCAAGAUGGCGACGGAGUCUUCCUCAGCUUGGAAAGAUGAUACGGACUGUGACGGGAAAAUCCGGACUGGAUUUCAAUGGUUACGGUCAUUGGUGUGGAGUCGGAGGAGCUGGGGACCCCGUCGACGAAAUUGAUAGAUGUUGUAUGACACACGAUCUUUGUUAUGACAAGAUAGCCACUACCGCGUGCAAGUCCAGCAAGGGAGAGAUCGUAACAACUUAUACCACAUUUUACAACUGGACCUUGACCAACGGUCAGUUACAGUGUAAUGAUGUUUCUCCCUGUCAACAUGCCCUGUGUUCGUGUGAUCGACAAGCAACUACGUGCUUCGCUCUCAACAUAGCCGCCUACGAUAAUACCAAGAGGAGCAAAAUCGGCAGACUCAUCGGCAGACUGUUGACCUUCUAGAUCACGAAAUGUCGCCACACGGAGAUCAAGGAAGGAACUGGGAUGUUUCCUGUUCACUGUUAUCAUCUGAUUCCCUGGAGACAUUGCAGAACCUUUUAAUAAGGCCCUAAUGAAUACACCAAAUAAAUUUAAUGAUUAAAAAUAA